UUUAAUUGUUGUUUUAUUUUUGUUUAGUUACAAUUAAGGAGUUCCGGUUUUACCGAAGCCCAAUUGGUUGAGAUUUGUGCCGCUCUAUCUGUUCUGGCUAAGUACGGUAUUCUGGGAAUGGGUCUGGGUCUGGGCGGAGCGCCCACUGCUGCUCUGCCCGUUUCGAAUUACCUGAGCGUUAUGGAACAGGCGACCGCAGCCGCAGCUAACGCCAACACGGGCGUGUUCGGCCCCAUUGGACAAGUUAGUCUCGGUGAGUGCUUAGGCUCGUUGACAGGUGCGACAUCUCCAACGCCCCGGCCGAGCUUGGAAAGGUACGAAACGUUUGAUCCAUUCAGGCACCCAAACUCGCCAGCCACUGCUCCCAUAUCGAUCAACAACAACAGUUUUGGAUUGGGAACUGGGCAGCAGAUGGCCAUAUUGAAUAAGAGUCCCACUCCAGCAGAAUUGCAGAACAAGGAUUCCAAGAAUGUUGAAAUACCAGAGGUCAUUGUUGGCGCCAUUCUCGGGCCUGGUGGCAGGUCUCUCGUAGAAAUCCAGAACAUUAGUGGCGCAAACAUCCAGAUCUCGAAAAAGGGCAUCUUCGCUCCAGGUACCCGAAAUCGUAUCGUAACAAUCACUGGAAGCCCGAAUGCUAUCAAUACUGCAACCUACUUGAUCGAGCAGCGCAUUUCCGAAGAGGAGAUGAAGAGGGCCAGAAACAACUCGCUCAGUUCUCUCGGGAUACAGUGAUUCUCAUUACAAGUAAUUGGUGGUACAAAGGACGUAUGUCUUGUCUUUCUUCUAUUUUAUUAUUUUUGGUUGUCCUUUUUAUCAGACGCUUUAAAUUCCAUGUGCGACUACAAUGUUUUUCUCUUGAUUGUUUCAUUUUUUAUUUUGGAGUUAUUGUUCCUUUAUUGAACUAACAAAAAAGUCAACAUUGAGGGGUAUUACAGAGGAUUUAAA